AUGUCAUCGAGCAAAGUUGCUGUUCGUAAAAGUGGACAGAAACGUAAACGAGAAGAGGAUGAUUCUACUUCCGUACCAGAUGAAGAAGAUAGUCGAAGUGGGCUGACAUUGGUAUCUGUGCCAAAAGGGAAAGAAAAAGAUAUGGAGUAUUCAGCACCUAAAACACAAAAACUGACAGAUUUGGAUGAAGAAGGUGUCAAAGAUGGACAGGAAAAUAAUGUCAUUGAACAAACCCAUUACAUCAUCAUUCCUUCAUAUUCGGCAUGGUUUGACUAUAAUGCAAUACAUCAAAUUGAAAAACGUGGAGUUCCAGAGUUUUUUAAUGGGCGAAACAAAAGUAAAUCACCGGAAGUAUACAUGGCAUAUCGUAAUUUCAUGCUUGAUACGUACCGGUUAAAUCCCUUCGAAUAUUUGUCUUCAACAGCAUGUAGACGGAAUCUUGGUGGCGAUGUGUGCGCAAUUCUGCGGGUUCAUUCUUUUUUGGAACAGUGGGGUCUUAUCAAUUAUCAAGUUGAUUCAGAAGCGCGGCCUGCUCCUGUUGCUCCACCUUGUACCUCUCAUUUUAUGGUACUCGCAGAUACACCAAUGGGUGUUCAACCUAUUCAACCAUCGCCAAAUAUUUUACAGGCUGAUGACAUUAAAAAAGAAAAAGUGAAGGAGAAGGAAAAAAAAAAGGAAAAAGAUAGUGAAAGUAUCAAAGACGAAAGUAAUGCAAUGACUAAGAUUGAAAAAUUGGGUGAUACUGGAUUAAAAACCGAUAUGUAUGCAAAACAUCUAAUGUCGAUGAAGAUGCGAGGAUUGGCUCCAAAUAGAGACUGGACUGAUCAGGAAACGCUUCUGUUAUUAGAGGGUCUAGAAUUAUUCAAGGAUGACUGGAACAAAGUAGCAGAUCAUGUGGGAUCACGCACGCAAGAUGAAUGCAUUAUGCGAUUUUUACAGCUGCCAAUUCAAGAUCCUUAUUUGGAGGAAGGAGGUGCUGAAAAUGAAAUUUUAGGCCCCUUAGCUUAUCAGCCGCUAGCAUUCAGUCAAACUGGUAACCCAGUAAUGUCGACCGUAGCAUUUCUUGCAUCGGUUGUUGAUCCUCGUGUCGCUUCGAAAGCAGCAAAAGCUGCUAUAGAAGAGUUUGCAAAAAUGAAAGAAGAAGUACCUCCUUUGGUUGCUGAAGCACAUGCUAUUAACGUAGAAGCAGCGUCUAAAGGAGACAAAAUUGAUGGCAGUGCAGGCUUGAGUGUUUCUGGAAUUGCUGAUGAUAAAAUUAGCAAGGGUAAUGGAUCAGAACGUGCGGAAGGUCAGUUCGAAAAAAUGAAGAACUUGACUUCGGCUGCAGAAGGAAAUGAUGAAAGUAGUAAGUCACAUGACAAACAAAUGGAAAGCAACAAAAGUAAAGUUUCUGAAACGGUGCAAACUGCUGCUGCCGCGGCUUUGGGUGCAGCUGCUGUCAAAGCAAAGCACCUAGCCGCUAUAGAAGAAAGACGCAUCAAAUCACUAGUUGCUCAACUAGUUGAAACUCAGAUGAAGAAACUUGAGAUGAAGCUUCGUCAUUUUGACGAACUUGAAGCAAUAAUGGACAAAGAGCGAGAAGCACUUGAAUAUCAACGACAACAACUAAUUUUGGAACGACAGUCUUUCCACAUGGAUCAAUUACGAUAUCUUGAACAGCGGGCCAAGCAUGAAGCACAGUCGAAAAUGGUUGCUAGUGGUCAGCUUCCUCCAAGUUUACCUCCCGGCUUUGAAGUUACUGGACCUCCUCAGCCACAGCAACAAGUACAAGUACCUAUACCACCUGUGGUGGUCUCAGCAUCUUCUACAGUUUCCAGUGGUCCAUCUACAGCAGGUGUUGUAUCUUUGCAAGCACAGAUGCCUCUUGAAACUCAGAAAAUGGAUACAUCUGAAUCUACAUCAGGAGCGGCAGUUCCUGGUACCAUUUCUCAGGUAUCACAAGCACCUCAUACUAUAUCAGGAAUCCCUCUUCAACCUAAUGUCAGUGUAAUCCCACCACAACCCAACAUGGCUGCAAUGCAGCCAAACAUGACUGCAAUGCCUUCUCAAAUGCAACAGCAUCCACAGUCGCAGCAACCAAUGCAAAAUGCGCAAACAAUGCAACCGCAGCAGCAACAGCCACAACAACCUAGCUCUGCGGCUGGGAAUGUGAAUACUCAAAUGAUGGCUGUGCAGCCGCAGCACCAUUUACCUCCUCCGCAACAGCAAGGACUACCACCUCAACAGCAAUAUCAGCCAACUCCUGUUCCUUCGCAGCAGCAACAGCCAUCUCAGCAACAGUCCUAUCCUCCUCAAGGCGGUUACCCACCGCAGCAGCAGUAUCCUCAGUAUGCACAAAAUGCAUCACCUCAGCAGUAUCCUCCGCAAAGUUAUCAAAAUCCGCCUGCUCAAGGAUAUUAUGGCCAACCUGCUGCUCGACCACCUUAUCCACAACAGUAUGCUCAGCGACCGCCUUACCAGCAACCGAUGCAGGGUUAUGGCCAACCAGUACGUUCAAGUUUUCCCCCAACGUCAGUGGCUGCUCCACCUCCGGGACAGGGUUAUGGCUAUCCACAGGGCUAUCCACCACAAGGACCACAGUAUGCUCCUUCUAGCGGUUAUGUCCAUCCUCAAGGACCACAAGCACCAGCAACCUCGAUACCCCAGUCUAUGGAGUCCUCUGAUGCAGCCACUCCUCCUUUGCAUCAAGGAACGCCUAAUCAACAGUAG